ACUCACACCUUGAAUAUAUUGUUGCGUUUACAUACAGGUGUACAACCAUGUCGAGAGCGCCAUCAAUCUGGUACCAUUAUCAGGACAACUUCCCAGGGGACAUAAUCCAGCAGAGCGUAUGUGUGCCGGAAGAUGGCGCCACCGUAGAUACCUACUACUGCUGCAUGCAGUGGAAUGCCGGUCUGCUGGGAGGCGGAUACUGUGGCAUCCAGGACCACCCUCAAGGUAAAGCCUUCAUCUAUUCUCUGUGGGAUCCUGCUCAAGCCAAACAACCUAUAACGGCUGUAUACGCGGGAGAGGGAACGGAAAUCAGCCAUUUUGGUGGAGAGGGAACAGGCCUGCAUGCCUUCAACCUAUCGUUGGGUUGGCAGACAGAUAACUGGUAUACCCUUGUCUCAAGAGUCUGGCCAUAUAAGGAGCAUACGUAUUACGGUUUCUGGGUACACGAUGAAACGCAGAAGAAGUGGAGCCAUGUCGUGACUAUGGAUUUCCCGCACAGCAACGUACAAUUCAGCACAUCCACUGGCAGCUUUGUUGAAGACUGGGUCGGGACAGGGAACAACGCAAGACGGGCAUUCUACCGCUCUGGAUUCAAGCGUCAAAUAAAAGGAUGGUACCCUUUCUCUGUCGGCACCUUCAGCGUCGUCAUGGAACCCCCCAGCGCCAAACACGCCCACAACUACGACGCUGGUACCAUCAAGGACUACUUCUAUCUGGCGAGCGGUGGUGACAUUAAACCCACGCCAGGAAUUGGUACCAGCCAUACGUUCCAUCUGUCAACUGCGAGGGAGCCAAAAGAGCCGUAUAUUGACUUCGCCAUCACCAAGGCAAGUCCUUCGGGUGUUGAAUGGGCUGUACCAUCUUCAUCCACACCUCAAUUCAGGUUCAGCGUCUCUGUGGGAGGUCGGACAGUUGCAUCGGACAUCCAGCCUGAAGUUAGGGGUCAAGCACUGACCGGAUGUGAUCCUGGAGACGUUGUCACGGUAACCCUUGAAGACAUUAUGGGUGGCUGCGAAGCGAGGUCUGUGAAGAUCUCUGAUGUCUCUUGUCGCUGUCCUGGACACAUGAAAGUAUCGUGUUCUAUCGUCUAGUACAUUGUAUAUUGUAUUUAGUUGUUGCUAACGAUACAUACUUUAAUACACAUACAUAAAGGACCCACCAAUUGAUAUAUUAUAGGGUAGAGGGAGCUGGGAUUGUGUAUGGCGACUGGAUACUUGUCAGCUAUAUCUGCAAAAUCAAAUCUAAUUUCUCAAGUGAAACCAUGAGCCUUUAAAUAUAUUUUGCAACAUUUAUGUUCAAACCUUUACAUAUUCCUGACGGGCACAGAUGGCACAGAAUAUUUAUUAGACCACUUCCGGGAUUGCGAAAAGUCCAUCAUAUAGAUACCAGUUGCCUUGAUAUGUUAGUAAACUAGUGUUGAAGUGGCCAUCGUUUAAUCUGUUUAUACUGCUCACCAAUUUCUAAUCAAAUGCGAAAAUACAUAUAUGUUUUAAAGGAGCACCGGGGUUUAAACUUCAUGAUGACACAGGACAGUGUGUAGUGUGUUUAAUAAAGAAUACGGUUCACAUAAUGCGUAACUAACAUGUUGUUUGUUUCUGACAAUGAUGAUGCAAUAAUGAUUGGCAAUCAUAUUACUAUUUGUGUGCCUUAAAAUCUGGAUAGAACAAUUAAUAAAGA